AUGGCACAACAUGAAACUGAUUUAGUCAAACUGAAAGGCAGACUUGUAGAGACAGACAGACUUGGACAGGCAGACAGACUUGUAGAGGCAGACAGACUUGUAGAGGCAGACAGACUUGUAGAGACAGACAGACUUGUAGAGGCAGACAGACUUGUAGAGGCAGACAGACUUGUAGAGACAGACAGACUUGUAGAGGCAGACAGACUUGGACAGGCAGACAGACUUGGAAAGACAGACAGCCUUGUAGAGGCAGACAGACUUGUAGAGACAGACAGACUUGUAGAGGCAGACAGACUUGUAGAGGCAGAGAGACUUGGAAAGACAUACAGACUUGUAGAGGCAGACAGACUUGGACAGGCAGACAGACUUGGACAGGCAGAGAGACUUGGAAAGACAGACAGCCUUGUAGAGGCAGACAGACUUGCAGAGAGACUUGGAAAGACAGACAGCCUUGUAGAGGCAGACAGACUUGUAGAGACAGACAGACUUGUAGAGGCAGACAGACUUGUAGAGGCAGAGAGACUUGGAAAGACAGACAGACUUGUAGAGGCAGACAGACUUGGACAGGCAGAGAGACUUGGAAAGACAGACAGCCUUGUAGAGGCAGACAGACUUGUAGAGACAGACAGACUUGGACAGGCAGAGAGACUUGGAAAGACAGACAGCCUUGUAGAGGCAGACAGACUUGUAGAGGCAGAGAGACUUGGAAAGACAGACAGACUUGGACAGGCAGACAGACUUGUAGAGACAGACAGACUUGUAGAGGCAGACAGACUUGUAGAGACAGACAGACUUGUAGAGGCAGACAGACUUGGACAGGUAGACAGACUUGUAGAGGCAGACAGACUUGUAGAGGCAGACAGACUUGUAGAGGCAGACAGACUUGUAGAGACAGACAGACUUGUAGAGGCAGAGAGACUUGGAAAGACAGACAGACUUGUAGAGGCAGACAGACUUGUAGAGACAGACAGACUUGGACAGGCAGACAGACUUGGAGAGGCAGACAGACUUGUAGAGACAGACAGACUUGUAGAGACAGACAGACUUGCAGAGAGACUUGGAAAGACAGACAGCCUUGUAGAGGCAGACAGACUUGGAAAGACAGACAGACUUGUAGAGGCAGACAGACUUGUAGAGGCAGAGAGACUUGUAGAGACAGACAGACUUGUAGAGGCAGACAGACUUGUAGAGGCAGACAGACUUGUAGAGGCAGACAGACUUGUAGAGGCAGACAGACUUGGAAAGACAGACAGACUUGGAGAGGCAGAGAGACUUGGAAAGACAGACAGACUUGUAGAGGCAGACAGACUUGGAGAGACAGACAGACUUGUAGAGGCAGAGAGACUUGGAAAGACAGACAGACUUGUAGAGGCAGACAGACUUGGACAGGCAGAGAGAAUUGUAGAGGCAGACAGACUUGUAGAGACAGACAGACUUGGACAGGCAGACAUACUUGUAGAGGCAGACAGACUUGGAAAGACAGACAGACUUGUAGAGACAGACAGACUUGUAGAGGCAGACAGACUUGGAAAGACAGACAGACUUGGAGAGGCAGACAGACUUGGAAAGACAGACUUGUAG